AUGGUGGGAUAUCAUGUCGUUGUCCUGACGGUUUUCCUGUUUUCUACUGUGGAGAGUUACACUCUAAAGAAGCUAGGAUCAUUUCCAAUAUCAUAUCCCGGAUUUACCACCGUUUAUCCCAGAUCCUCCGGGGAAGUUGACCUACUUAUAUCUACAUUCAAUCCGAUCCCGUUCUCCACGGAUACAGCUCAGAUUGUUCCAGGAAUCGGUCAUUACCUAAACAAUGUACAGUCAAUCAAGCCUGCUCUCAUUACAAGUCACGUGACGUGGCCAAAUGAGGUAUCCGGAGUUCCGGAGCACGUGUUCGGAAGGCGAAUGGUAGCGAUCCCACAGGGAUUCCUGGUACCUUUUAAGAAUGAUGGUUCCAUAUCCUUAAUGGACGUUUCCAUGACAGCACCUAAAGGUCCGUACAAAAUAACUGACGACAGUUCCGGAAAAUGGUUUUACCACAGGGUCAUAUGGAAGGACAUGGACGCCGACGGUGAUGACGAUGCAGUCACGUGUCGGGCUAGGGAGCCAAUCAUUGGCGGCCACAAGGAGUUUGAGUUGCUAUGGCUCGAAAACCAAGGACACUUAGAUAGACCAUGGACGUCCCACGUGAUAGGUCAGGGUCCCGACAUCUUCCUUAGGAAUGCUACAUUGAUGACACCCAGUGGACCAAAGGAUUGUAUCAUUACGGCACAAUAUUUCACCCAGAGUCUGUCCGUCUACUGGACAGACAACGCUACCCAUUCUUGGACUAAUCUGUCACAGGUACAUUCGCGAGUGAUAGACAACAGUAUAGGGGGUGUUUUUGAGGUGGAAGUUGUUGACCUUAACGGAGAUGGGAAACUAGACCUCCUUGUAUCCGAGAACGGCCAGAUUGGGGCCCUCUACGGGUAUGAAAUACCGGUCGACUUCAGGACGGGAAACUUUACCCGGCAUACUCUAGCUCAGGGAUUCGGACCUCGGAAAUCCGGAACCGGUAAAGGAGCUCCCGGGUCUCCAACAGCGGUGUUCCCUUAUAAAAAUGCAACACAGAAAGUGAAGCCCUCCAUUUUAUUAUCGGGUGAUGAUGAAGGCACAGCAUUUUACUUAGAACCUCUGAGCGCCGACGCAUCGUCAUGGACGUAUAAUUUAACGACCUUUUUACAAGCCAGCGACGGAACGGUCGGCCAGCUCAGCUUCGCCGAUGCAAACGGCGAUGGUUACCAAGAGGUGUUUGUACCAUCCUACAGCACAAACGAGUUAUUCGUCUACACCUUUCACCCGUGA